GCAAAGACAUAACAGCUUGUUCUUUGUCAGAGGGUGUAUGAAACAAGCUGCUGGGCCAGCAGUGAGGUAAUGUGUCACAUGCUGACAUAGAUAAGUAGUAGAGAAGUCAGAGCAACAAAUUAUCAGGACAUUUCAUUGGUAAACUAUCGAUAAAGACGUUUAACAUGAAACUUUUAGGAAAAAACAAGUCGAGCCAUGUUUUUCUGUAUUGUUGUUUUCACAACGUCCCUGUUUCCCAGCAGAUGUGAGAAAAAGCACUUCCACCUGACAACCAUUCGCGCUGUCGGUUCUAAUGCUGAUGGUGAGGAGGCACCGGCGUAAGCACCAGGAGGGGACGGAGGUGGAGGCGAAGGAGUUGGAGCUGCCUUUCUCCCAGAAGAUGCUUCAUUACGGGGAAAGUGAGGAGUGGGGAGCCGGCCUGGACUUUUGCCAGCCCGUCGUCCCACUGCGCCCUCAUCCGAGGAGGAGGGAGAGGAGGCUGCGCAGAGAGGAAGUCAGGGCCAGCAUACGGAUGUCACUCCGAGAGUCACACCUCAUUGGGCCAGAGGACGAGGUCUUCAGGCAGUUUAUCCUGGACAGGCUGGCAGAAGCUGAUCAGGAUCCUUAUGUCCCACCGUUUGAUUGCCUUCGGACUUAUGCUUAUGAAGGGUCAGGGUCCCCCUCAGGGUCUUUAAGCUCACUGGACUCCUCCUCUUUGGAAUUUGAACCUGAAAAGCCUGUGUUUAACUCCAAGCCUUAUGUAGUGAGGCUCACCCCUUGGUAUGGCGGAGCAGAGGAGGACACAAUCUUCUAAAUAACUAUUUUAAUGUUUCAUAUUUUUAUAUUAUUAAUAAUACUUGUUAAGGGCUGAAGAGAGCGUUUACAAAACUUUGUGUAGAAUCCAUACUAAAACUGUACGUACACCCAAAAAAGGGCAUACUCCCAUCCCCAAAAAAAGGAAUUCUGAUUUAUAAAACCAUGCACACGCACACCAGCACGCAAUUUCCCUUUAUAGAUCACAGCUGUACCUGAAUGUUUGCAUACCUGGUUCCUCCUCAGGUUCUGCCCUCUGCAGGCCCAGAUUCAACCACAAAUGAUUGACGCAAAGCACCUCAUGAAUGAAUCUGUAUUUAAAUGAGUCAGCUGAUUUCUUUUUCAUGGUGUAACGGCCACCAUGGAGAAAGGGCAGAGAAUCAGUCAAAAAAAUUUCACUGAGAGGAGUUUAUUAAAUGUGAAAAUCAGAGGUAAAAGCAAAAGAUGUUGUCCACAUUAGAAGAACUUGUUAAAAAGUGAAAUCGAUUGCAGUUUUAGGUCGGAGAUGAGCCUCGCGGAGCUUAUGGGAUGAUCCACAGCUGAGCGCCGCAUGGCUGUGAGCAGUAUUAAAGCACACCUUCUCUGCGCUCUGGGGUUUGGAGAGCAGUUUAGGACCCAACACGUGGGGGGUGUAUACACUGUCCCCUGUAAGUUAUAGCAGAGUGCAAUGCUUGGAAUCUCAAGCAAAAUAUUAGCCAGUCGUCAUCACUGGCCAGGAAACCUUCCAUCCCUGAGACUCCACUCCCUCCUAAUUCUCCCAUUUUCAAGGUCUUCCAGCAGCGCCACUGAAUCCGCUGUGCAGUAUUGCACAGAAGUGUAUUUGACUGUUUACAGCAACUAAAGUAAAUGCCUCGCACCUUGUCAGAAUUUAUCUGUUAAUGAGCGGUACACGUCACCCUGAGAGGAAUGUGAUGGUGGAAAACCUUGAUAAAAUGU